AUGGUGGGCCAGCGUCAGCAGGCGAUCACGGCCUAUCGACCUCAUGCGAACAGAGCCCAGGUGAAUGAGCGUCCUGUCAAAACUCAGCCAGGUACCCAAGUAUGGCUUUACCUGGACCUCGUGAAAGAAGGGUACGCCAAGAAGUUGUCCCACCUUGAACAUGAACCUUUCAAGUUCUGGAAUUGUUGGGUGAGUACUCGAUACGUUUGGAAAUGCGAGGCACGGAGUACAGGUCAUUCUCGAUGGUACAUUUUCCAAGCUCAAGAGGGUAAAGAGUUCCCCGACCAGACAAGUGCCAUUCUGGAGAUGGACGAAACAGAUCAUAACGACUUUGAUGAAUGCCUGUCGCCAGAGUACAGCUGGGUAAGAGAGCUGAAGGAGGGUGGGUACGAGGUCGAGGAGAUCUUGGAAACCCGCAGUGGAAAGAAGACGCGAUAUGGGAGACAGCAACGGGAGCUCCUCGUUCGAUGGAAAGGGUAUGCAGACCCCUCCUGGGUGGAUGAAGUGGAAUUGAAUUUUGGUGUUUAUUGCGGGAUUUUGAACGUAGGGAUAAGGAGAAAGAGCUUCGAAGCGAUGCAAAGUCGUGAGGAAUAG